AUGGGUCAGUCACAAAGUGAGAUCGAUCAGGAGGUGGCUCUAACGCAGAUUCAGGAACUGUAUAAGAAAUUUGCCAGCGAAUGUCCCAGCGGAAACCUGCAUUUACAUGAGUUCAAGAAAAUAUUUGGAAUCUCUAGCGACUCAACAGCAGAAGAAUGUGCUUACGUAGAAAACUUAUUCAGAUCUUUCGAUACGAACCAGGAUAACACGAUAGACUUCAUGGAGUAUGUGGCGGCAGUCCACCUGGUUCUCCGCGGUAGGCUGGAGGAUAAACUGAAAUGGUCUUUUAAGGUGUAUGACAGAGAUGGAAAUGGACGGCUUGACAGACGCGAGGUGAUACAUAUAGUCAAGAUCAUCUCUAAGCUGAAGACACACGAAAACCCAUCUGCCUGUGAAGGCCUCAACCCUAAUCAGAUAUGUGACAGGAUCUUUGAACUUGUUGACAAAAAUAAUGAUGGUCAGAUUUCCUUGGAGGAGUUCUUGGAUGGUGCUCAGAAAGAUGAAUGGGUAUUAGAGCAUCUCAAACUGGAUGUCCGACCAAGUAGCUGGUUCAUUCAACAGCUGAGGAAAAAUUCAUGA